AUGGUGGUCCAAGGUGCAGUGACACCGGGGAGAACCCGCCGGCUAAUGCUUAAACUGCCGGUGGGGACUCUACGGAGGAACAGUGGAGAGAGGAUGACAGAGGGGAGGCGAUGUCAGGUCCAUCUCCUGGACGACAGGAAGCUGGAGCUCCUUGUACAGCCCAAGCUGAUGGCUAAGGAUUUGCUGGACCUUGUGGCCUCUCACUUCAACCUCAAGGAGAAGGAGUACUUUGGAAUUGCAUACACAGACGAAACGGGUCAUUUUAGUUGGCUGCAGUUGGACCGCAGGGUAUUAGAACAUGAGUUCCCCAAGAAGUCUGGUCCCAUCGUCCUCUACUUCUGUGUCAGAUUCUACAUAGAGAGUAUAUCCUACCUGAAGGACAAUGCCACUAUUGAGCUGUUUUUUCUUAAUGCCAAGUCGAUCAUCUACAAGGAGCUUAUUGAAGUGGACAGUGAUGUUGUUUUCGAAUUGGCUUCCUAUAUUCUACAAGAGGCUAAAGGUGAUUUCACCAGUAAUGAUGCAACCAGGUCUGACCUGAAAAAGCUGCCUGCUCUGCCCACCCAGGCCCUCAAGGAGCACCCAUCUCUGGCCUACUGUGAAGACCGGGUCAUAGAGCAUUACAAGAAGCUCAAUGGACAGUCCAGAGGGCAAGCUAUUGUAAAUUAUAUGAGCAUUGUAGAGUCUCUGCCCACAUAUGGAGUACAUUACUAUGCUGUAAAGGACAAGCAGGGGAUCCCAUGGUGGUUGGGUCUGAGCUAUAAAGGUAUCUUUCAGUAUGACCACCAGGACAAGGUCAAGCCCAGGAAGGUGUUCCAAUGGCGUCAGUUGGAGAACCUCUACUUCAGAGAGAAAAAGUUUUCAGUGGAAGUUCAUGACCCCAGGAGGGCGUCAGUGACAAGAAGGACGUUUGGCCACAGUGGCAUCGCUGUGCAUACCUGGUACGCCUGUCCUGCCCUCAUCAAGUCCAUCUGGGCCAUGGCCAUCAGCCAACACCAGUUCUACCUGGACCGCAAGCAGAGCAAGUCGAAGAUCCAUGCAGCGCGGAGUUUGAGUGAGAUCGCUAUAGACCUUACUGAAACCGGAACUCUGAAGACGUCCAAACUGGCCAACAUGGGCAGCAAGGGCAAGAUUAUCAGUGGCAGCAGUGGCAGUCUACUCUCCUCAGGUUCUCAAGAAUCGGACAGCUCCCAGACAGCUAAGAAGGACAUGCUGGCAGCACUGAGGGCCAGGCAGGAAGCUCUGGAAGAAACACUAAGACAGAGACUAGAAGAACUGAAGAGCAUCUGCAUCAGAGAGGCGGAGCUGACAGGAAAGCUUCCUAAGGAAUAUCCUCUGGAUCCGGGAGAGGAGCCGCCCACAGUGAGACGAAAGAUUGGUACCGCCUUCAAACUGGACGAGCAGAAAAUUCUUCCUAAGGGAGAGGAAGAGGAGCUGGAGCGGUUGGAGCGGGAGUUUGCCAUUCAGUCCCAGAUUACGGAGGCAGCCAGGCGUCUUGCCAGCGAUCCUCAUGUGAGCAGUAAGAAGCUGAAGAAACAGAGGAAGACUUCUUAUCUGAACGCACUGAAGAAGUUACAGGAAAUUGAGAACUCUAUCAAUGAGUACCGGGUCCGCUCUGGCAAGAAGCCUACGCAGAGAGCGUCGCUUAUCAUAGAAGAGGCCAAUAUUGGUUCUGAAGACAGCUCACUGUCUGACGCACUGGUCUUGGAUGAUGAUGACCCUCAAGUUACUGGUACCCCCACCUUCUCUCCGGUAGCAUCACCUCACAAGGGCCUCCCUCCUCGGCCACCAUCUCACAGUCGGCCCCCUCCACCGCAGUCCCUGGAUGGCCUGCGACACCUGCACUACACACGCUCUGACUACGAUAAAUCGCCCAUCAAACCCAAGAUGUGGAGCGAAUCAUCACUGGAUGAGCCCUAUGAAAAAGUCAAGAAACGCUCCUCUCACUCCAGUCACAGGCGUUUCCCAAGCUCUGGCAGUGCUGAGGCAGGGGGCAGUAACUCUCUGCAGAGCAGCCCCAUCAGGAGCCUCCCUCACUGGAAUUCUCAGUCCAGCAUGCCGUCGACCCCAGACCUGAGGUCCAGGACCCCACACUAUGUACAUUCCACUAGGUCAGUGGACAUCAGUCCCACACGUCUGCACAGUCUUGCUCAGCACUUUAGGAACCGCAGCUCCAGCCUUGAGUCCCAGGGCAAACUGCUCGCAUCUGACCCUGACCCACACCCGCACACCCUGGGAACACUGGGCAGCCCUGACUUCUUCCUGGGCCCAGGACGCAGCUCCAAUGGCUCUGACCCACUGGAUGACUGUUCAUCCUGCACCAGCCAAAGCAGCUCAGAGCAUUACUACCCCUCUGGUGGACCCCCCGGCAGCAACCCCAACUACUCUACUCUGGGAGAGGAUUCACCCUCCAAAGCCAGGCAGAGGCAGAGGCAAAGGCACAGGUCUGCAGGACACCUGGGUUCCUCUAACUCCGGCUCCAUGCCAAACCUGGCAGCUAAGAACGGCUCUGGUGGAGGCUCAGGUGGAGGUGGGAUGGGAGGGGGUCACCACGGAGUUUACCUCCACAGCCAGAGCCAGCCCUCCUCCCAGUAUCGCAUCAAGGAGUAUCCGCUGUACGUGGAGGGCAGCCCCAACCCCGUGGUGGUGCGCAGCCUGGAAAGCGAUCAGGAGGGCCACUACAGCGUCAAGGCCCAGUUCAAGACCUCCAGCUCCUACACGGCCGGGGGGUUGUACAAGGAAGCCUGGGGGGGCGAGGAGGGAGGAGAGGGGAGUGGCCGACUCACGCCGUCACGCUCUCAGAUCGUACGGACUCCGUCAUUGGGGCGAGAGGGCGGUGGAGGAGGAGGAGGGGGGAGGGCAGCAGUGUCUGAAGAGCUGCGAUGUUGGUACCAGAGGUCCUCAGGGAGCCUGAAGGAGAGGAGUCACUCACAUUCGGGAUCCACUUCCUCCGAGACAGGGUCACAGCAAGGCACUCUGGGACAUGGACGAGGGAGUAGAGUAGGGACACUCGCCAAGGGCUCACCAGCUGCAUCCCCUCACAGCCAGAGGAGUAUGACGCCCUCCAGUGAACACGCAGCCACACCCACACCCCCUUGUAGCCCACAGCACAUCCUCAACUGGCAGAGCGGGUCUUUUAGCGACAGCUGUUUUCUCAGCAGCCCCCUGUGUUCAGAGCUGGCAGAUGUGCAGUGGUACGGACACGACAAGGCCAAACCUGGAACCCUGGUCUGAGACCUUCCUUUAGAGGCCCAGAAAAGUACCAUUGCCCUCUCCUACUGCCUCUCAACUGUCCCUCACUACUACCCAUCGACAACCAACAACCUCAUCCUUAAAGCCCUACAAAAACCCUGCCCCGACCGGACUAGUGGACUGGACAUGAGCCUUCCUCCUCCCUAUAUCCUGCCCUUCAUCCAUCUCACCACCUCUUUAUUAUGCCCCCUCUAUCACAGCUCAGUCAGACAGGGACACACUCACUAGGCUCUGAUAAGGGCUGGUUUUACAGGAUAGACUGAGAAGUGUCACCUCAGCUGUUGAACUGUUGCCCUACAGCACCACAGAGCCCUUUCUUUACUCACCCUCUGCAGCACACAAGCAACGGGCACGGGGGGAAGGAGCGACUGAAAGAGAGAGAGCACAGAAAAAUAUCAAACACACAACUCAGACUCAACAAAACACUGGUCAUUCCAGGAUCUAUUUCAUAUCUCAUCUUUGGUCCCCCAACCUUACGAACUCCAGUGCACUGCCACCCAAUCAGAGGAUACCUGCUGGAUUUGAGCCACCAGUUUGAAACCCAUUUCCAGGCCCAAACGAACUGUGUUGGAUUUCAUUAUUCCCAUCAGUGUUGUUUGUCUGUCUUGUUUAUUUCUCCCUGCGUAUUUAUAAAAAGAGAACAUGACACAAACUUUUCAAAAAAUCUGGAUUAGCAAGCAUAUAGAUGACAAAUUCAACUCCUCUCAGUUUUAACCCACAACCAAAGACAACUAAUGGAUUGACUGAUCACACCAGGGUCUGAUGAGCCGGUGCCCCCUGCAGAAAAGUGACUGUCAGUCAACCGUCUGAGAGUGAAUUCACAAUGACAAUAUCAGGAUGGUUUCUGGGACUGUCUGGGAUAUUGAUGAGGACUAUAGCAAUAACAAACAUUGUACAAGUACACGAACUGGUUUGAAUCUUCAGAGUGAAUUGAAGCAGGCUUUUUGCCAUGUUCUCUGCCUUGUGACGCUUGGAGUAAAGGAUCAUUAGUGCAUCACAGGGAGAACAUGGAGUUGUGGUUAUUGGGUUUGGCAUUAAUCUAUGAUUUCUUCAGUGACUUCAUCAUUCAUUUUUAUUUAAUGUCUUUGGUCUUUAUAAGAUUUCUAUGUCCAUAACAGUUUGUUUGGCCGCAUGGUGGACUAUGAACAGUACUUGAGCCAGAGCGUGGAGGGUUGGGUUGAAGGGUGAUUUUUUUUUAACAUGGCUACAUACAGUCACAAUUACUGCAACAUUUAAUUUCAGCUUUUCAUAUUUUUCAUCUUCAACCCUGAAAGUAAAGGACGAUUGGCUGUUGACACCUGUUGGCAUUACUUGUAGUUUGACAUUGAGGCUAUUCAGUGAUAAAUCUCUACAGUGACUCAUCUUUUUUUAUCACUAUUGUCUGUUCUUCGCCUUUGGUCUUGGUUUUAUAUUCACACCAUACUGUGCAUCUGUCAGUCUUUUUGUAGCACUGUGUUUUCUCAUCUUUCUGUCCCUCUCUUCAACAUGACAGGAGAGACCCUGACUGAGCACAGACAGUCUGAACUCAACGCUGGCCAGAACACACGCUGACAGUCAGAACACUUGCAUUUAUGGGCACACGUGAAUACUAAUAUAUUUGUGCCAAACAUGUUUGUGCUUUACAUUUGUACUGUUUUCAGCACUAGAACAGCAGCUCCUUCAAGCUACAGACCCUUUCAAAUCCCCACAGUCUAUAGCCAUUCUAUAAAACAGCAGCAAUGCAGAGUAGCUAGAAGACACUUCACAUGCGUCUCUAUAAUUUGGCAUCUGGCAGUAUUGUUAAGAAAUUAGUCAAAGCACAACAUCAACAGUGUCUAUGAGGGCUGGAGCUACCAUUGGUAUAUUCAGUUCAUUUUCCACCCUCAAUAUUAUACUGAUGAGUUGUAUCAAAGUUCAUAAGAGGCUACUAGAAAAGCUAGAACCAAGGAUGAGGCGUUAUUGGUGUUUGUUUUGUUUUUACAGUAUAUGGACAUCAAUGAAGUAAUAAUUAAUACCCCACUGUCAGGGCAGAAGAGAAGCCAUAAUCAGAACAGAGAAAAAAACCCUCUAAAAUGUAGAGAAUUAUUUUAUCACAUAUCCCAAUCAACAAUCAGAUAUUAAGAUCAGGGUUAGAAAAGCACAUCUGGUUUUGUACAAAGGAAGUAGAAUUCUGCAUGUUGUUGCUUUUCCUGAAUCUGUUUCCCUCAUCUGACCUUGAAAAAUGUUUAUGUUGCAGAAUGACGCUUACCAUUGUUUUGCUGUUGCACAAAAUCUGAAUUAAUCAGAUGUUAAUUUUAUUAAGAGUAUGACAGAUUGUACAUCUCAGUGACAGAGAGAAAUGGACAUGUUUUUUUGUGUUUUUUUUCAGUCACAUUGCACCAUUAUGUCUGGAUAAAUUGUGUAUCAUGCUGUAAUGCAUGGGAGGAAUGGUACGUAUGCUACCCUGUCUCUCACAGUGGUGUUUCCUUUAUGCACUGACGUCAGUUGUUGUAAUCUGUCACUUUCAAGACUGUUUUCAUAAGAAGGUUUAGCCCACUCCCAUGCCCCUGUGCAUGGCUGGUUCCCCCAAGAGUUAUCCAUCCAUGCCUGGUCAAAUUUGACAGGUCUUUACCCAGGAUUGGAACCAGCACUCACCACACAGUUACCAUCUCUAGUGUAUUGAAGUUUGACCCAACUUUUCUCACUGAAAGUUUGCGCCCAGAUCCUGUGCGCCAAAGACACACAAUCCCACGCAUGCCAUUCAGAUCCAGUGACAAAUAAAAACCCCUAAGACAUCCAGCAUCCGAUUUCUAUAUGCUAACAUUAGCACGUCUUGCUCUGUAGUGUCGCCCCACCCCCAGACAGUCCUGUUUUGCCCCUGUGGUGAUCUCUGACCCCCGAGUCCGAUGUGAUGAAGUGUGACGUCCCCUCCUUCUGUAGUUCCAAACACACCAUAUUUUCUGUGCUCCAUAGAGAUGUUUGAGGUUUUUAUAAUACUCCAAGAGAAAUUAACUAACUCUUUAUCAGUCUUUUCCUGUAUGUACGGAGGGGCACUGUAAGGUUUUGUGGGGUUUUUAACAUUCACAUUCAUUGUUUUAACAAUGUUCCAUUUUAUAUGAACCAGUAUUGUUUUUUUUUUUUUUAGUUCUGACAUCGUAACAACCCUUCAGGUGCUACAAAAUGACCAGUUACUGCUUUGUCACGUAGGAUCUAGACAUCUGUUCAUUGUUAUCAAUAGAUUCAAUACCAGUUGUGCAAAAUGAAGCUUAUUUUAACAAACAGUUUAAUAGUAGAUCACUUCCCCUACCAGACAAUAGAGCAUGUAACUUGAUUUUAUCAGUUCUGUUCAACUGUAACAUUAAAGGUGUUGUAGAAAAAAUGUGGAAUUGAUAAGAAAAAAAAAACUGAAUUCCACAGUUAAUUUAUUCUUUUUUCUAUUAAAAAUUUGUAUAGUAACUUUACAUUUUUCAAAACUGUGUUGUUGGAAAUUGAUGAUGAAUUUUCAAGAUGAGAAGCCGUGGUGGUUCUUGAGAGUAAGAAAAAUAAAUUAUUGAU